AUGUUUUGUUUUCAAAGAGGAAUUCUUGGUUUUACCAAUGCUCAUCGAUCAGUGUUUGUUGAAGACUUUAAUAAACUACCAGCUGGUGAUCCAAUAGCAUUAUAUGAUCGUAAAGAAUUUUGGAUUCUAAAUGAAGAUGCAUUCGAUGAAAGAUUAAAUGAACUUGAUGAAUAUCGUUUCGUAUAUGAUAAAAGUGGUGAAAUUCAUAUGUGGCGUAAUAAUGAAUCAACCUCUCCAACCAAAACUGUAGCAUAUGCUGAUGCAAGUCAAAAAUUUUAUCCAUUUUUUUUUCCUUAA